AUGUUGGAGGAACGGGUGGAUCAGAUCAUGGAGGCUGUGAACACGCUUGUCCAGCUACAAUCCGGGAAGUCCUCGACAAGGCUUCCAGCACCGUCCACUCCAACACCGAGUAGCACCGCGAAUCAGCUUGAUGAGGACCGUGGUUUACGGGAAGGCGUCUCAGUCUUCGAUCCCGCACUAAGCCCAGAUCCCCCGCCAGAGGUGCUUCAGUCGCUAGUCAAGCUUUACGUUGAUCAGAUCGCAGACCAGCCCUUGCCCCUGUUCCAUAUUCAAUCAUUAUCGCGCAGCGUGCGAACGUUCCCAAAACCCCUGCUUAGAAGCUUUCUUGCAUUGACUGUGAGAUAUUCAGACGACCAAUUCUUUAGAUGCGGUCGAUCCAAUGCCGUGGAGUUUUACAAGGCCUCUGCUUCCAAAGCAUUGUAUGCCCAGGCUGCAGAGCCAACUAGUGACGCGGAAGUUCUACAGGCUUUCUGUCUGCUUUGCCUCAGCGAGAUCGCGGAUGGAAACAUGAAAAGAGCCUGGAUGGCCGUCGGCGUUGCCACUCGGCUCGCCGUUUGUGCUGGCCUGAUGAGCUCCAAGGUCAAGGGCGUGAUCGUAAGCGCUGAGCAUUCCAGGUGUUACUGGAGCCUCUUCAUUCUUGAUCGCAUACACGGCAGCAGUUUCUGGGGUGUACCGGCCAUACCGGCUGGUAAUGCUGCUCCCGAAAUGCCGCUCUCUGUGAAGAGACCAGAGUAUUUGGAAUUGACCUCACCGAACGACCUGGAAGAGCCUCAAGCCGCGGAGGAAAAGGACGCGGGCAUCAACUCCUAUGCCCUUCAACUGUUGUCAAUAUGGGGUCGCCUGAUGUCGUACCUAAAGACAAUCAGCCAGGGCGAUCUCGAAGAUGCGUGGACAGCGAACUCGACGUACCAGCAAAUCAAGGCCGAAAUGUCCCGGUUUGAGACAGUCCUGCCCGAAGUCCACCGGUUCAAGAAUGCGAGGUUUCGUGAAAGAAAUAUCUCCGAGCUGGAAAGGCAUCGGCAUUACUGGGCGUCUUGGGUGUUCACACAGUGCAUCUACCACACCACGCAUUGCACUUUGAAUCAUCCCUUUCUCCACAUUGCCAGAAUCCGGGGCCAGAGGAGACUUCGCUCCCCUUCAUUUCUGCAACAUGCCAGCGACCAAGCAGCACUGCACGCGGCUUGGGUCGUUUUGAUCCUAAGUUCGUGCGAAGAGCGAGACUUCAAGAUCUACGACCCUUUUGUUGGGCAUCUAGCUUCAAUGAUCGCGACCGCUGAGUUCCUGCUCCAAUUCUCAAAGGACAACGCACUGGCAGCCAAAUCGGCAAGCAAUUUCAAUAUGCUUCGACGUUUUAUUGAGAGGAUGGCGGCCAGCCAUCCUCAUCUGCAGCAUACCACUGUGAAGCUCACCCGACUGGGGCAAUUCGCGACGGCGCAUGUCGAGAGGGCUUCUGAUCAGCCACCAAAGGUUGAGAUCGCGUUGUUGUGGAAUUUACUCGACUACGCCGCAUCCUCGUCCCCGAGUGUUGAUAGCGGCGAGUCAUCUGACAAUGUAGAGUUGAACGUGAAUACUCAGUUCCUUUCACCUGUCAAUCCAGACGUACCUACAGCGUCAUUUGCAUCAGAAGGGCUGCGAGGAUCGGGGCAGGAGGGUCUUGACACGAGCUUCUGGGAUGGCAGUACAUUCGAAUUCGAUAUGACGGACUUUUCGAACAUACAUGGUCUGUCUGAUCUAAGCAUCCCGAGCGAGACAUGGAUUGGCGGUCACCUUUGA